AUGGAGAGCCAGACAAAUACGCAGAUUACAGAGUCGACCAGGGCGACUUUGAGCGACCCCGCGCGAACAAAUUUUGACAAUUACUCGGGUCACCAAAGCACCGUUGACGACCCUGACUCUCGCGAAGAUGCCGAAGGCAGAAUUUGGCAAAAUUAUAGGCCCGACAAAUACUUUCUUCCAAACGAUAGCACUGAACAGGAUCGUCUGAACUUGAUCCAUCGAGCUUUUUGUCUCCAGCUGUACUUGCUGCAAGAUCCGGUGGAACGGAGCCAUAAGGUGGAAGAUGCGCUGCUUCUGUACGAUGAUCCCUACUGCCUGUCUAGCAUGUUGGGUUUUGCAAAACGUUGGAAACUCCAUGGUGCCUUUCAUAGCACUAUACAUGAGGUCGCUUGUUUGGAAGCAAUUGCUAAACUCAGCCUUCGCAGUGCCCCCAUCAAAGGUGAUCCUCCACGGGUGCUAGACAUUGGAACAGGCACAGGGAUCUGGGCGAUUGAAUUUGCACGCUGCCAUCCCGAAUCGCAAGUCAUUGGGGCAGACCUCAGUCUCAUCCAGCCCGACGUUUCCGCCACCGUGCCCAACGUCUCCUUUGUACGCGCAGACGCCGAGGAAGAAUGGAUGUGUGGCGCACCAUUCGACCUGGUACAUGCGCGGCUCAUGUUUAGCUGCUACGUGAGCCAUCGCGACGUGAUCAAGCGGGUUUUCGAUAAUCUCAAUCCGGGCGGAUGGAUCGAAUACCAAGACAACAGCUUUAGCAUCGACUCGGAUGACAAUUCACACCGCGGAACUGGCCUACAUCAGUGGGGCCAUCUCGCACAGGCUGGGGCCGCGGCCAAGGGCCGGGACUUUGAAGCCGCGCGCAAGUUCAAGGACUAUUUCGUCGAGGCUGGUUUUGUGGAUGUUGUCGAGAUCAGAUGUAAAGUUAUCGGAAGCGCCUGGCCUAGCACGGAGCCAGAACAGAGUCUAGGGAGAUACACGUCAGUUUCCAGCUUUGAGGUGGUCAAGAACGUGUCUCGAAAGCUACUCGGCGAAGGCGGUCUCGGUCUUCCUGAGGAUGUCAUUCAGCCCAUUGUCGCGCAAGCGUUGAAAGAUGUGGCGGAUCCGAAUAUUCACUUUUAUUGGCCGGGGUACAUCGUUUACGGGCGGAAGCCUUUUGCGCACGAGAUUGCAUCUGCCCCCAGUAGUAGCGGCACAGCCCAGCACUAA